AAACUCAACUUCUUGGUCCCCGGGCCUCCGACUGGUGCCAUCUUCCCACGGCUUCGCCGGCAUCUGGACCCCAGGCUCGCCUGCCCAAGAGCCCGCCCCUCGCCCGCCCGCCUCUCGUCCCGUGGGAGGGUCCGACGUCGGCCCGGUGGGCCCGGCGUGCACAGGCUGCGGCUAACUUGGGAGCAGGUACCCGCGCCCUCGGCCUUGCCAUGCUGCGUUCCGGCGCGCAGCGGCUUGGGGGCCUCCGGCGGUGGAGUUUCCAGCUGCGGGGCGCGGAAACCCCGCGCUUCCCUUUCCGCUCGCGCUCAGUCUGCGCCCGGGAAGGAGAGGAAAAACCACCCUUAUCGGCCGAAACAAAAUGGAAAGACAGAGCAGAAACAGUGAUAAUUGGAGGAGGCUGCAUUGGUGUGAGUCUGGCUUAUCACCUGGCCAAAGCAGGGAUGAAGGAUGUGGUCCUCCUGGAGAAAUCAGAGCUCACUGCUGGAUCUACCUGGCAUGCAGCAGGUUUAACAACUUACUUUCAUCCUGGAAUAAAUUUGAAGAAAAUACAUUAUGAUAGCAUCAAACUUUAUGAAAAGCUGGAAGAAGAAACUGGACAGGUGGUGGGAUUCCAUCAGCCAGGUAGUAUCAGAAUUGCAACAACUCCUGUAAGGGUAGAUGAAUUUAAAUAUCAAAUGACUCGGACUGGCUGGCAUGCAACAGAACAGUAUAUUAUUGAACCUGAAAAAAUUCAAGAGAUAUUCCCUUUACUCAACAUGAAUAAGGUUUUAGCUGGACUGUAUAAUCCUGGAGAUGGUCACAUUGAUCCUUAUUCUCUAACUAUGGCCCUGGCUGCUGGGGCUAGGAAAUACGGUGCCCUUUUAAAAUAUCCUGCACCAGUGACUUCUCUGAAACCCAGGUCAGAUGGAACAUGGGACAUUGAAACACCACAGGGAUCAAUGAGAGCAAACAGAAUUGUGAAUGCGGCAGGAUUUUGGGCUCGUGAAGUAGGUAAAAUGAUUGGUCUAGAGCAUCCUCUCAUCCCGGUUCAACAUCAGUACGUUGUCACGUCGACGAUACCGGAAGUGAAGGCGUUGAAACGAGAACUCCCUGUACUCCGUGACCUGGAAGGAUCUUACUACCUCCGACAGGAAGGGGACGGGCUCUUGUUUGGGCCAUAUGAAAGUCAGGAGAAAAUGAGAGUUCAGGAUUCCUGGGUCACCGGUGGAGUUCCUCCAGGGUUUGGAAAGGAGCUCUUUGAAUCUGAUCUAGACCGCAUCAUGGAACAUAUCGAGGCUGCCAUGGAGAUGGUUCCAGUCUUGAAAAAGGCUGACAUCAUCAAUAUUGUCAACGGUCCCAUCACCUAUUCUCCUGACAUUCUUCCUCUGGUAGGGCCCCAUCAGGGGGUCAGAAACUACUGGGUGGCUAUAGGCUUUGGAUAUGGCAUAAUUCAUGCUGGUGGGGUAGGGAAAUAUCUCAGUGACUGGAUCCUGCAUGGAGAACCUCCUUUUGACCUGAUAGAAUUGGACCCCAAUCGCUAUGGCAAAUGGACGACCACUCAGUACACUGAGGCCAAAGCAAGAGAGUCAUAUGGAUUCAACAAUAUUGUUGGUUAUCCUAAAGAAGAACGGUUUGCCGGGAGGCCGACUGAUCGAGUCAGUGGGCUCUACAAAACCCUGGAGUCUAAGUGUUCUAUGGGGUUCCAUGCAGGCUGGGAGCAGCCACACUGGUUCUACAAACCAGGACAGGACACUGGAUACAAGCCAAGUUUUCACCGCACAAACUGGUUUGAGCCUGUGGGCUCUGAGUAUAAACAGGUUAUGCAAAGAGUAGGGGUGAUUGACCUGUCACCGUUUGGCAAGUUUAACAUCAAAGGCCAAGACUCUAUUAAAUUGUUGGACCAUCUCUUUGCAAAUGUCAUUCCAAAGGUGGGUUUUACAAAUAUAAGUCACAUGUUAACACCAAAAGGUCGAGUGUAUGCUGAAUUGACCGUUUCUCACCAGUCUCCUGGGGAGUUUCUAUUAAUAACUGGUUCUGGAUCAGAACUUCACGAUCUUAGAUGGAUUGAGGAAGAGGCAGUCAAAGGUGGAUAUGAUGUUCAAAUUAAAAACAUAACUGAUGAGCUUGGAGUCCUUGGAGUUGCAGGACCACAUGCAAGAAAGGUCCUUCAAAAACUGACGUCUGAAGACCUUAGUGAUGAUGUGUUCAAGUUUCUUCAAACCAAGUCCUUAAAGGUUUCCAACAUCCCUGUUACUGCUAUUAGGAUAUCUUAUACAGGUGAGCUCGGUUGGGAGCUGUAUCACAGGAGAGAAGAAUCUGCAGCCCUGUAUAAUGUCAUCAUGAAUGCAGGCCAGGAGGAGGGAAUUGACAAUUUUGGAACGUAUGCCAUGAAUGCCUUAAGACUGGAGAAAGCUUUCAGAGCAUGGGGGUCAGAGAUGAACUGUGAUACAAAUCCAUUGGAAGCUGGACUGGAAGAUUUUGUGAAGUUAAAUAAGCCGGCCGACUUCAUAGGAAAGCAAGCACUGAAACAGAUUAAAGCCAAGGGGCUGAAAAGGAGGCUGGUCUGCCUCACCUUGGCAACGGAUGAUGUUGAUCCAGAGGGAAAUGAAAGCAUCUGGUACAAUGGCAAGGUGGUUGGCAAUACGACUUCUGGAAGUUACAGUUACAGCAUCCAGAAGAGUCUGGCUUUUGCAUAUGUCCCUGUAGAACUAAGUAAAGUGGGACAACAAGUAGAAGUUGAACUAUUAGGCAAAAAUUACCCAGCAGUCGUCAUACAAGAACCCUUGGUAUUGACAGAACCAACCAGAAACCGGCUUCAGAAGAAAGGUGGAAAGGAUACAAUUUGAACAAGUCCUUCUGCAGUCAACUGAAUUAUGGUUGCUAUAUGCCUAUACUUGAAAUUAUAAUUGGUUCCCUAGGGCAACAGGGGAAAACAAGAAUUCAUUUCAAAAUUAUCAAAAUCUAGAUUUAGAAUCUCAAUAAAGCCUUUCUCUAAAUAGCUUUUUCUAAGCAAGAUACAAUGUUGGAUUAGUGAUUUAUGUUGUUCUUUCAAAUGAACAAAUUCUAAAAUGAAUGUUUUUUACUACUGCAUGUUGUUGUUUAUGAAACUUAAUCAGCAAAACAUUUAGGUGUUUAUUAAUAAUAUACAUUCAUUAUUGUAACUGAAUUAGAGGGCAUUAUAUAACGGAGGACUAUAUGCAUAUGUUUCUUGGUGGCUGAAAACAAAUUAAUGUUGGUGGAUGUACUUCAAUGAGAAAUUAUUUUUAGGUGAGUAGGUGACAGUUUUAAUUUUUCAUUAUAUAUCCAUGAUGAAAAUAGUAAAAUUUAACCUUGACAUGAGUAACAUUUUUAUUCAAUUCUCUGAAAUAUUUAUUAAUUUCUUAAUUACUUCCCUGAAAGCCAGUUUUGUUUUAUCAUUAUUGUCCUUUCAAAGGUUGUUUAGAAGAGAAAUUGAGAAAAAGAACAGAGUCUUCCCAAGGAAGCAGUACUUGUAAACCUUCAAAGAUAAGGCUGAAACAUAAAUAGGUCGUGCCAGAAUAAACACACUUUGAAUACUGAACAAACACAGUUUGAAUACUGAACACCUCUUCUUUGGGAAGGAAUAAAUGCAAGUUGACAUCACACUGUGCAGUUUGAAUAUCAUUUCACAAAGCAUUUGACAAAACAGAUCAAACAAAAGCUUAAGAGCUGACAGGAUUUCCCUGAAUGCUAUGUACAACAAAAAAAGAAAAUGAAUCCAGUUAGAAAUAAUUCUGUGAAAUACUUCUUGAAAUUAUUUGGGUGCAAUGACUGAAUAAAUCAGAAAAUGUUUGUAAAAGGUGGCUUAUCAUUUAUAAUUAAUUUAAAUUAAACAUGCAUUUGUUACAUAUUUAUUGAACUUUUCCUAGGUUUUAAAGAAAGCUGAAUGUGAAGCAUAAGAUUCUGCAAUUAACAUAAACUUUAAAUUAAUUUCUUAACUUGCAAGUUUUGAAAAGGUGCCAAAUUUCUGUUUUAAAUGU